UGUUAAAAAUGAAAGAAAGAGAAGCAACUAGGAAAUGAAGAUGAAACAACAACAAUAAUAUUAAAAUUCACAACUUACAUAUAUAUACUGGUUUUUCUUCCUCUUAGGCUUCUCCAACAUAAUUUUCUUUAGCAUCUUAGUUCAACUCGUCAUUCCAAUAACUCACUCAAAAUAUGGCUGACUCAUCCAUCACCGAUUCUCUUUCGAGCUAUUCCGAUACAGAUUUUGCUGAGAUUGUUGUGGUGCGUCAUGGUCAAACAGUUUGGAAUCUUGAAGGAAAAUGCCAGGGACAAUUGGAUAUUGAAUUGAAUGAAGUGGGAAAACAGCAAGCAGCUGCUGUUGCUGAUAGACUAUCGAGGGAACCGAAGAUCUCAGCCGUGUAUUCAUCUGAUUUGAAAAGAGCUUUAGAAACAGCACAAACAAUUGCAUCCAGAUGUGGAGGUCUAGAGGUUGUGAAGGAUUUGGACCUGCGAGAAAGACACAUGGGCAAUCUGCAAGGACUUGUUUUCACUGAAUCAGAAAAAUCUAAUCCCAUAAGUUACAAUAUUGUGAAAUCUAGGAAUGAAAAUCAAGAAAUACCAGGUGGUGGAGAAAGUCUUGAACAAGUGUAUGAACGUUGCAAAUCUGCGUUGCUGAGAAUUGGCAGAAAACAUAAAGGAGAGCGUGUUGUUGUGGUUUCUCAUGGAGCAUCGAUUGAAGUACUUUACAAAUGGGCAUGUGCAGAUGGAAAGUAUGUAGGGAAUAUACGCAAUGCAUCUGUCACUGUUUUUCACUUAUAUGGUGAUGACAAAUGGGUUGUGAAAUUGUGGGCUGAUAUUAGUCAUCUGAGCUCAUGUUGACUUCUGCACUCCAAACACUUGGAGGGUGAGAUUAGUAACAACAAGAAGGAAGAGACAAAAAUAUUACUAAUAUCUAGAAGGUGUCAAUAAUUAAUUAUAUAUUCACCUGCAUCAUGUGAAAUUGUUUGCAUUUUGUAUCUUUAUGCUUAAAAGUAAAACUAUUGUCAUUAUUUAAAGAACUAGCUUCGAGAUGGACAUGUAGCUGUCUUUUUAUUUUUAUCAAUAAACAGAAUAGUUGUUGGAAGAAAAACUCAAUUAUUUAAAA